AUGGACAUGCGAGGGAAACUGGGCGAAUGUCGCUCCAUAUCCCACGAUACCCUGCGGAGUGGCUCCCCACGGGUCGCGCAUUUUGACGGCGAAGUCCCUCCCGCACUUUCUCCUCUCGACGCAUUCGCUGCUCAGAGCCGAUUUCUUGCCCGACAACUCGAUGAGUCUCGACGAGGAGAUCGCCGCAUGAGUCGGCUGCCGCCGUCGAGUGUAGCUCGAUCGCUUUCGCAAGGCCGCCCGGGCUUCUACCGUUCCAAGUCGUCAACUGAAUCCCGCACCGAACUAACCCGGCAACCCACCCAGAAGGGACUCCCGGAAUAUGAAGAGCCCAAGUACCGUCCUAUCUCCGAACAUCCUCGGUUGAGCUCAAUUUCCCAUGCUAGCACAGAGGCUAGCUAUUACGAGGAUGAUGAUAAUGCGACACCUCGGACAACGAUGCUUAAUACUGGUUCGGAGGCGUAUGGGAUGCCGCGCGCCGAGUCACCAGAGGAUCUCGCGCCACGCGCGAGUGAAGCGGAGGGUGCCCCUGUAGGCGUGGCGGUUGCUGAGCCGCAAGGUUCAUCGAUGGACUCGUCAACCUCGCGACUGGACAUCCCACGCACCUUGGCACCACCAGUGUCACCGCGGUCGCGCCCGUCCAGCAGUGCCAAGGUGGCACACCCGGAGAGUUCUGAUGAUGACUAUAGCAGCUCCAAUGCUGGGUCGACGUUCUCCAACGCUCGCAAACUGUCCUCUGGAAGUGCCGUGUCAUUGCCAUAUUCUCCGAUGUCGACAUUCCCUGCCCGACCACACCCUCGAUCGCCAUCCUUGAGCUCGGAGACAUCAGGCACGGGAGCGAACCAGCUACCUCGCCCUUCUUUUAAUUUCUCUCGGCCGCUGAGCCGGUCAAGUACAAGCUUGUCUGCUCCUGGAGCCACGACGCCUACCGAACCGAUCCUUCCCUCUGGAUCGAACCAUAUGUACCGCCGCAGCAAGCCGACUCCGCUCCUCUUGCAAACCGAAGAUGCCGCUGAAACGCCAGCCAACGAUGGCGAGCCGUCGUCCGCUGUCUCAUCUUACGUUUACGCCAAGUAUGCGCUCCCACGCGGGCGCUUCCUUUCACGGGAUUCUGUGGUCUUUGCAGGCUUGCAGACGCCUCAUUUCGAGUGGGAGGAGCCCUUGUUUGAGAAAACGCCUCCCAGAAAUACAGAGGAGCCGCGGAUGGCACGGACGCCAUCUCCUACGCCAAAUCGCCAAUUUGAGCACUCGCCGAAGCCUCACUCAAUCCUCAAUCUCCGCCUCAAUCCCCACCUCAGCCUCAAUCCCAACCUCGGCUUCAACCUCAGACCCCCCAAGUCUCACCAAGUCCCACAACCACUACCUGUACCUCACUCGCCGGCGGAACCGGCACGGCGCCCCUCUGCCGAAAGCCCUCGGCAGACGACUAAUGAAAAGGAUGAAACUGUCUCUUCCGCGGGUUCGGCCAGCACCAUGCGGCCCCAAACCGCCAAUCCUCAGGUGACGGCUUCUGGUCUCACGGCCGAUGACCAUGUCGCUAAGGGCAUUGAAUGUCACGAGCGAGGAUCCCUGAGUGAGUCGACGUAUCACCUGCGGGUUGCCGCGAAGCAGGACCAUCCGACGGGAAUGCUGCUUUAUGCACUGGCCUGUCGACAUGGCUGGGGCAUGCGAUCUAAUGAGAAGGAGGGUGUACGAUGGUUGCGCAAAGCUGUGGAUUCCGUCGGAUUGGAAAUGUUGGCCGAUCCGGAUGCUCCCGGUGCCUCGAAGGCGAAGGAACUGCAAAAGGCAUACCGGGUUCAAUUUGCUCUGAGCAUCUAUGAACUGGGGGUCAGCUACUUGAAUGGCUGGGGUAUUGAGCAGGACAAGUCUCUUGCUCUGCGGUGCUUCGAGAUCGCCGGGCAAUGGGGCGAUGUUGACGCCAUGGCCGAAGCCGGAUUCUGCUACGCGGAGGGUGUUGGCUGUAAAAAGGAUAUGAAGAAGGCGGCACGGUUUUAUCGCCAGGCUGAGUCCAAGGGUAUGAGCAUGGUUGGAAACAGCUGGAUCUACAAGGACAAAUACAACGAGGUCGAGUCCACUGGACGCUCCCGUGGCCGAAAUGCCGGAGAGAAGGACAAGAAGCCGCGUAGCAAGUCCCGCACUCGCAGUAUCUUCCAACGCAAGAAGUCCAACGUAUCAGAGGCAUAG